AUGAUUUGUUGCAGUCUUUGCGACCGCUCCCAUCAGGGCAGGGUGCCUUUUCUCUGCGCUGUUGAUGCGCGCAACAGGCUUUACCCGCUUCGAGUGCAGAACGCACAAGCCCUGAUCGAGAACGAAGAGUUAGAGCGCACCGUCGGAGAGGAGGAAUCAGAAAGAGGAUCUAGAAGCAAGAAGCCUUACCUGGACCGACUCAAGUCGGAAAUAGCUGCCGCCAAUGCUCGAACCGCCGAUAUUAUGGCCCAGUGUGAGCGCCUCAAGAGACAGACCGAGCAGACCAUGAAGGAGGUCGAGAAGAAGAAGGAUGUUCUCGCCCGGAAGGAGUCUGAUUUAUCGGCCAUGUCGACCAGUGUUGCAGCGAGGCGAAACCGCCAACUGGAGGAGACCCAGGAGUCGAUUCGUCGUAUUAGAUUCAAAUGGGCUGCUUGUGCUGACACCAUGGCGUCGACGAGAUCGUUUUUGUGCGAGGAGGCUGCCAGACUGUUCGGGCUCCGGCAGAUUCGCAAGGGUUCUUCGAAACGGUAUGAGCUCGGCGGUGUCGAGAUCAUCGACUUGCACGCUCUAAACAGUCUCUCACCGGAGGUGAUCAACACAUCCCUGGCCAACAUCGCGCAUCUGGUGAUGCUGACGUCCCAUUACCUCGCCAUCCGCCUUCCUUCGCAAAUUACCCUUCCACACCAAGACUACCCGCGACCGACAAUCUUAUGGCCGCAGGCGUCCUAUCAACUGGAGGAGCCGCCGUUUCCGGCAGCCAUGUUAUCUGGCCACCACCAGCAGUCCGGGUUGGAUGGACCGCCGAUCGAUGUUGAAAAAACCAGAUCUUUCCCCCACCGUCCCCGUCCGCUCUGGAUCGAAAAGCCGUUGCCCGCUCUGGUCAAGGAAGACCCUCAGACAGCCGGCAUGUUUAUUGAAGCCGUCUGCUUGCUCGCCCACAAUAUCGCCUGGGCCUGUUGCACGCAAGGUCUCCCGUUCGGGUUUGAAAACUCGCGAGGAGACACAUACGAUGAGCUGUGCAACAUGGGCCACAAUUUGUAUCGGUUGUUGAUUGGCGAUAAUCUCCAUCGGCGCUCGGUUGAUCCGAACAUGUUCCCGAAAAGUCCGAGUCCCAGUGGUGGUAAAGGUAGUAGUGAGACACCGUCAGAAGUUGAGGCGACGACGGGUGGCAGCAACCAAAGGUUGGUCAUAGGUCGCUGGUCUCAUGGGACUAUCCACAACUUCCUUGAGAGUUUGGAAGGGAAGGAGUGGUUGGACAGGUGCAGACUCCCCAGUCCGCACCGGAUGUCGGAUCGGUUGAAGAAGAGAUUGGUUAACGAGGCGCCGAUGUUGGAGUGGGAGAAGAUCGAGGGUGACGAGCUGGACGAUGCUUUCGAACACGACGACGGGCGGCUUGGAGUUUUGGUUAAGCGACGUCGUCAGAGAGCUGAAGAAGUUGCUGGUAGGGACGGUGAUUUCGGUGUGGAAUCGGUUUCGACUGCUGUUAAUGCCGGUGCUUUUUCGGGAGCCAUUGCCAAAGAAAGAGGUAUUGGUAAUUCAAGUGGUAAUUCUGGCGGUGUUGGCUCAACCGACGCUGCUGUUGCUGCUGCUGCUGGAACGAGUACAAGAGGGACUAGUGGCUGGACGAAGCUCAAGAGUAGAGAUAGAAGUUGA